GAUGGCGCCCCCUAUUGGAAAAGAGAUCAAGACUGAUAAGAGCUGUCUUGCACUAAUCACAGCGAAGCACCUUCUUUAAUCAAAGGUGGCCAUGGCAGUGCCUUAAUUUAUAACACAGCGUUUGACAAAUGGAAUGACGAGUGUGCCGUGUCUGUACCAUUUUAAAAACCAUCUAAAAACAAUAAGAAAGGCUGUGAAUCAACUAGAAUUUAUGUUAAAUGUGUUGUGUGUGCUUUUGUUUUGCGUCCAAAGUGUUUAAAUAUGUGUAAUGUACCGCCAAAGUUUUAUCAAUUGUGUCGUUUGUGUUUAUCUUUUGAUAAGGAGAAUGUUCUAUCUAUUUUCGAUAAGGCUGCUGUGGACAGAAAUAUCCCUAGGAAAAUCAUGACGUGUCUGUCAAUUCUGGUGUCAGACGACGACAACUUGCCACACGUAAUUUGCCUAAGAUGUACAGAACAGCUAGAGGCGCUAAGUAGAUUUAGGGAAGUCGCCAGGAAGACGGAGGAUCUGUUGAACCAAUUCUUGGUCUACACGAAAGAACUGACGGGGACGGAAGAGGAAAACAUGUGCCAGUCCGAAAAAGUCCUCGACACCCUGACCGCAUCUUUGCCAAUUAACCCAGAAGACUUAAAAGUAGAACCACCCGAAUUACCUUGCAGUAUUACGAAAGAAGUCAAGCAGGAACAACCUGAACUCACCAUAACAGCAAUACCGCGCGAGUCCGAGAACCCUCCUCCACACAUAGACAAUAAUCACCAGCACACGCAACCCGAACCACCAAGGGAACACUUACCGGACUCCACGAGGGAGCCCCUGAUAAAGGUCAAACCGCCCAGUCUCUUGCAGUACAGUGUGGAAGAGCAACCGGUUGUCGUCGCUCCACCCAGGAUCCUUAACCAGGACGUGGCUAACUUCUUGGACAGGCAACCGGAGGCGGAGGGCAGGAUAAGUCCUGUGGAGCCUGCGGACCUGUCUAAUAAGAGGCCGGAGAACCUCACUUGUGUUCCCGAGAUCGAUUUUAUAAAAGAGGAGAACGAUAACGCUUCUGUUUAUAGCAAUAGCUCAGAUCCUGAGAGGUUGGAAGUUGAUAUGUCGCAGGCGACAGAAGAGCACAGCAACUCCACGACCCGAAGCGGCACCUCCCCCGUCCCGGAAACGGGCAGGGAGAACGAACCCGACUCCUCGUUAUGGCGGGCCCUCUCCCAGAACGGCUACAACCCCUCCACCCCGCUGUCAGGCGAGGCCAGUCAGUUACUCAGGAAGCUGAUAACUUGCCGGAGGCUGGGGAUGAGCAUCACGCCGGCGCCGCCGCACGUCCUCAACUACACCCUCUUCCAGGACCAGCAGAGGGCGAUGCAGGCGCAGGGGGUGAACAUGGAGAAGAGCUCAGCGAGGAGGAAACAGAGCUUUCCGACGAAGGCCAGUGUACAGGUGGAGGCGACCCCCAUGGAACAGGAGAAGGAGGAGGAGGAUUAUAUACCGGACUUCACCGGGAACAAUCCGUGGUGUAACAUUGUAAAAGGAAAGGGUGGCCCGGGAAUGGCGCGAAGGGUAGACCUCUCGUGUACCAACUGCGGCACGCAGACUACGACGAUUUGGCGACGGAAUAUGCGAGGCGAGAUGGUGUGUAACGCUUGCGGGCUGUACUACAAGCUUCACGGCGUCGACAGGCCCCAUACCAUGCGGAGGGACACGAUCCACACUAGACGCAGAAGGCCUAAGGCUCCGGACAUGAAGGAUAAGUGUAAAGAGUACAGUUCAUUCGCUGGGCCUAUAAAAACAUACAAAGGUAAGCCCCCGAAAGCUAUCGCUCCAAAAGAAAAGGACAACAACACGUCGGAAUCGACGGACACCGAAGAUAUGUUAAGCGCGUUGAGGAGGCAGAUCCAGCCGCACCUCGUUAUGGCUCUACAGGGGCACAAGAAUCCAAGUGCUCCCAAUUUCCCACACAUACAGGGUCCCCCGCCUUUGUCGAAAUUCUUGCCUACAGGAGCGUCCCCGAGCGGGUCCGCCCCCGAGGUGGACUCGGACGAGGACAGUAUAGCAGAUCUGCCGCUAAACCUCGUCUCGACGCAGAUGACGGAGGCUGAGCUGCACUAACAAUAAACUCAUAAAAUUGAAUUAGAAACUUGGUAAUUUCUAAUAGAGUCCUCGUAAAGUAUACCAGUGAUACCAACUCUACUUAAUAGUUUUAGAUUUUUACCAUAACCGGAAGAAUUGAAGAAAUUUUUACCCAAAACUGCGCUCUCUCAAUUAGGGAUUUUUUUUUAACUUGUACUUACACGAUAAUACUCAUUUUGUAACGUGAACUUUUUGUACUUUUUUUUUGUUUGUUUUUUAAACGCAGAUUGUGAUAUUUUCCACAAAUGCAUUAAUUCAAUUUUUUUUACCGGAAUAAAAGAGAACAUAACCAAACUUUUGCUUAUGCCAGUAGUACCUUAAUAUUAGUAUUAUUUUUUUACUUCUCGAAUGUUUUUUUUAUACUUUCUUUUUAUUAUUAAGUAUAACAGUAUAGAUUGUUAAGGAACAUAUUUAUAACGGUUUUUGAUAUUACAGUGCCAGGUAGAGAGUUUACGAAGCAGGAGUGGCGGGAGUCGAUCGGGUUCUUUGAACAAUUUUUUAAUAGUUUUUGUUUCUAUGACGGAAUAAUACGAAAGCUACAUCAAACUUAUCUUCUUCCUCUUUAGGCGCAGCAAAGACAUUAACUUUAAUGUGUGUGUAUAGUCGUUUAAUGUGUGUGUAUAGUCGUGGACAAAAAAAGGGACUUAAGACGUGAACUGAUCCCUUCAUCCCUUCAUAAUGUAUAAAGAAAUUAUUCAAUUUCUAAAACCCUUAAAAGCGUAUGGCAUUGGAUCCCUUGACCGGCAAUGAUUAUUACUUUGCAUCGAAUAUGAACCUAACCAAACUUUAAUGGCAGAUUUUGCAGUAUAAAUCGCCAAAAACAAUCCUAAAACGGUGUUUGGAUAUGCUUUGUUUUUGGUGUACAGGGUGUUCAAAAUAAAUGAAAAUAUAUCGUUUAUUUUAAAUUAUACAGAAAACAGUUGAGGAAAACCGUAUAAGUAAUACAGAACCUACAAAAAUGGAACAAUAAUUUUAUUUCCUUCAUGGUGGCAAUAAAAUUUCAGUAAGAUUAAAAAUUAUUAAAACAAUAAGGUCAAGAUUACAUUAAAACGCAACAUUCUGUCUCACCGACUGCGUUUGGUGCAAUUUUUCACGAGAUUCUGUUCAACCAACCAGCGAUCGCAUUGUCUCAAGCGUAGCUGUAACGGUUUGUUACUGUUCAUUGUAGACAAAUCGUGGUGAUGCCAAGAUUUAGGUAUAAUUAUUUUUAUUUCAAAUGUUUUGACACUUUUAGCGAUACCUUAAACAGAUUCUAAUAUUUGUAAAGUAAACCCUUUACUAGUGAUAGUGAACCAAAUUUGAAAUUAGAAAAAAACAUCUGAAGCAAAAUUUAUUACAAAUAAUCUUCAUCGUCCAUAUUCAUUUGUGGAGCAAAAAAAUUAAAGCAGUGUGCCAAGCUAGAAUCAAAUCGCUUUUUUAAUAUUGAAAAAUCAUUUUUUUCUCCAGAAACUUGGACACUGUAUUUCGAAAGUGAAGAACUUAUUUUUUUGUUGAUUUGUGAUGCAAAACCAUCGAGUUCGAGCAAGAAUUUUAAUUAUAUCUUGUACAGACAUUUGCGCUUGAAGAAUUUAUUUUUGAGAUACAGGGUGUUGAAAAAAACAUAAAUCUCUAAAUAUCUUCUGAACAAAUGAAGACAUUUAAACAAAAUUUCGUACACAUAGUACGCGAAUCGAAUAGUAUUCAAAGUGUGAUAUUAACAUUUUGACAUUUUUAGUUUAUUUUCAAUGAAAUUCUUUCGCAUUCAUAGUUUUAACCAUUUUGGUACAAUUUAGCAAUUUGUUGGUAUAGUCUUUCCGAAGUCAGUUGAACAUGUUUAAAAACGCCUAGCAAUAAAAUUUA